CUUCGCCAACUCUGAGACAUGGAAAGUGAUGUUUGUCUCCAUUCGCCAUGUGUUUCAUUGCUACUUGCUGCUUAGCUGUUGUUUCUGGUUUUCAGAAGAAAACUUUGGCUAUAGAUUCUGACUUCCUAUACAGCUGCAGGCAGCACAAGUGUCUUUGCAUGAUGCCUCUUUGAGCACUGUGGCACAGACAGAGUCCCGGCCCUCCAGCUCCUUAAAGUCCACUUUGUAAAGCAUUAGAGAAUGGCUUAAGACAGUGAGCAGUCAGUAGUUCUGACUACAAUAUGGCUGGUCAAGGAAGGGAGAUUAGACUGAAGUAGUUGGGAAAGGCUACACAGAAGGGUUAUGGGUGUUUAGCUGGGCCAUAGAGGAUGGACAGGAUUUGGCUAUAGAGAGAUCGGGAGAAGGCAUUUUGGUUGUAAAAACAGCAUGAGGAAAAGUGUGGAAUUGGGGGUGUGCUCGUUAUUAGGAGACUAACCUGUUGAAAGAUUUAUGUCCCAAAGCAGUGGAAGUUAGGGUUUAAUAGCCAAAGUAGGUUAUGUGGGGCUUUGAAGGCUGAGGGGUUCCAGCUGAAGGUGGGAGAGUGAGCCGUUGAAAGUUUCUGAACAGAGUAAUAUGCUAUAGGAAGAUUAACAACAAUAGUGUUCAAAAUCGGCUGGACAGGGGAGAGACUACAGGUAGCAUCAUUGACCACUACUAGGAAUGUUUCUUUGAAAACAGCACUGCUCAUCAUUAUUUAGCUGGAGUAUCUGAGAAGAGUAAAACAUCAAGGGUUCAGAGCUACAGACCAACAUACUGCCUAACCCUAACUGGAAGAUGGAAGCAGUGACCCCUAGAGGGUCCCCAGGAUUCCAUGACCCCUGGAGGUCUGGGAUCCGUUGAAGGUCGUUGGGAGUUGUAACUAAGAUGGAAGUUUCAGAUGUUGAGAAAUGUGAAGAGGAUCAGUUAUUAAAAAUUAAGAAGUUUAGAAAUAAGUAUCCAGUAUCUGUGAUAAUCUUGCUGGUCCUUCAGUGGUUAGACAGUAUCAGCUUCAGUGGAAUGCAUGGUAUGCUCAUUUUAUAUUUUGUUUCUCAGUUCUCAUACUUCUCCACCCAUGAAAUUUACCUGCAUCAAAUGUUCAGAGGCCAUGUGGUCAUCCUGGCCUUUGUUGCUGCCACCAUCACAGAUUCUUGGCUUGGAAAAUUCAAUGCCUUCAUCGGAAGCAACAUACUCUUAUUGCUUGCCCACUUCACUGUCAUAAUCAAAGAAAAGCUGUCAGAAGACAUUUUGACAUUUAGGUUCUUGGUCAUUUUGGGUUUAUUCUCUGUGGCUUUGGCCACCAGUAUCAAGAUGCCCUCUCUAUUGUGUUUAGCUGGCGACCAAUUUCCGGCACACCAGGUAAAGAAAAGGAACAAGGUAUUUUCCUCUUUAUACCUGUCUAUAGUCUUUGGGGCCUUCUUUGCCGAUGUCGCCAUCCCCUUCGUUUUAGAAGAAACUUGCUCCUCCAGCGACUGCUUCUUGAUAUUCUUUGGCACCUCAGCUGGCAUUGUGACUUUUAACUUAGUGAUAUUUAUAUUUUCCAAGAAACUAUUCUUCAUAGAAAUCCCCCAAGGGAGCAAAUUAUUGAAAAUCCUCAAGUGUGUCCAGUGUGCACUUAAAAAUCAGCUACGUCACUGUUCUAUGAAUACCCCAAGGAGGGAUCAUUGGCUGGACUGGGCAUCAGAGAAGUUCUCGGAGAAUCAUAUUAAUGAAGUGAAGAUUUUAUUUCGGUUGUUGCUCCUCCUCUCACCCUUGCCAAUUUUCUGGGCCUUGGUUGAAAAACAGCAAACAGAAUGGAUUGAACAAGCUAAGAAGAUGACUACUACUAUGGCUGGGCAUGCCCUGGGAAAUGAGGAUUUACAGCUAUUUUUUCCUGCCAUCCUCCUGAUCAGCCUCAUUUUAAUGGAACUGGCUUUCAUCCCCCUGGCAGAGUGGCUUGGAAUAAACUUCUCAUUAAUAAAGAAAGUGAUGAUAGGGAUGAUCUUCAUUUACUUGUCAAGCCUAAUGUCAUUCCUCCUGGAACUGCAAAUUGAGCGUUCUCCCAGCAUCAUGCCUGGCUCCAGGGAGAGCUUCCUGAGAAUCUUAAAUGUAGCUGACGUUUCAUUUCGAGUGAAUUUUCUUAAAAAUGGCAGCUAUGUGUCCUACUCCAAAAUGUCCCAAAUUUUUGAGGAUUCACAUGAAUAUCACAGAAUAUACUUGGACUCGAAACAGCAGUAUUUCCAGAUAAACCUACAUUCCUAUACAUUGGUCAAAAAAGAAGAGAUUCUCCUGCAGGAGAAGACGAAAUAUAUUAUGAUUCUGUCUGGACACAAACAGUUUUACUCAGUCAUACUGGUAAAGGAGAUAACUACCAAACCAGAUAUUGGAACUGCACAUGUGAGGAUCAUCAAUACUCUGGACAAAGAUGCUUUUAUCGUGAUGUCUGUGACCUCCUACCUUCUCCCAAAACACAAUGGGAUCUCUUCAGAGCUAACGGUUAGGACAAAGAGAAACAUAAAUCUGAUUUGUAUGAUCGAGAAGAAGAAAUAUGUGUUAGAACUGGGGUUGCUGCAGUUCGGAGCCUCUUACAUGAUCUUUGUUAUAGAGGCCACCCCAGUACUGAAAACCUGGAAAACAAAGUGGAUUGAAAUGAAAGCCCUCUACAUUGGGUGGCAAUUACCACAGAUUCUUAUAAUGGGGAUAGGAAGAUAUCUACUCAUUGUUUCCUGCAUGGAGUUUUUCUACUAUAAGGCCGCCAAAGGCACGAAAGUUACCGUGCAGGCUUUGUGGACAAGCACCCUUUCCAGCGGUUCUCUGAUCCUGUAUCUUGUGAACUACACCUCCUUCCUGCCUCAGUGGAUUGAGUACUUCUUACUUUCUAACAUCCUACUGCUUAUGAUCAUUAGUUUCUUCAUCAUCGGCUAUUACUACCAUGAAACUAUAUUGAACUCUUGAAGAGAACCUUUCUC